UUAUUAGAUCUCCGAUUUAUUUGAUUGGUUAAUUGAUGUAAUUAAAUAAACACUUAUUGACUAUUAGGGAUUAAUGAUUACCAUUCUAUCAUACAUAUAUAUGUGUGGUGAUUAUACUUGCACAAUACUGAAAUUAAUUAAUAACACAAUAAGUAAUCUUGAUUAUAUUGGAUCCAGUCAAUAAUACUGUUCAUUGGAUAUAUAAAUCAUAAAAGUCUAUAUUAAUAUACAUAUAAACAGAUCAAAAUACAAACGGAACAGUCCUUGCAUUUAAUUUUUCUUCAAAACGCACUACGGGAUUUGAAUUGACAACUGCAUCUCUGUGCUCAUUUGGUGUGGACACUCGAACUGAUGUACGUACGUACGAAGUUCUACGUUGUUACUGACUGACUGACUGAGAUAGAUUGAAUACAUCAAUAUCGUUCACCAAAACUAUUAGUAGAAGAUGGUAUGUCAGUGGAAUAUGUGAAAAUGUAUCUAUUAUAAAACAUUAUGGAUAAUGAUAAUAGUUAGAUUAGCUUAGAUGUACAAAAACCUCUCUCUUCCAUAGUUGAGAUCAUGAGUCACUUAAUGCUAAACGAAACAGUCAUUCAGUGCUUCCAGGUUUUCCAUAGUGGUCUAGCUUUAAUUGACUCAUGAUCUCAACCAUUGAAAUAUUUUUAACCUAAUCAUAGUAACCAAACAAUUUGAAUAGGAAGAAUAGAAUACUGCUCUGGAGUUCAGUAGUUCACACUGUUAAUUUAAGUUAAUUUAUGACAUAAUACAACUUUCAUUCUUUAUCAUUGAUAGGUGUCUAUCUCACUAUCAAACUGACUUGUUCCACCAGUUAUAUUUCAUUGAAUUACAAUAACAAAUUUAUUAAAUUUAUAAAAGUCAUAAAUAACAAACAAAAUACUGAAAUCUUUCUGAAUAGUUACAAAAUUUCUUCUCAGUGAAACACAAAAAAAAUUUAUUGGAAUUAGUAGAAGAACAAAAAAGGUAACAUUUAUUUUGUUUAACUAGUUAAAUUGUAUUAAUAUCGAAAAGGGGUAUCUUGUGGAUAAUUAUAGUAAUGUUUAAUAGUUGAGAUCACGAGGCAAUUGAAGCUAGACUAUCAUGGAAAACCUGGAAGCACUAAUUGGCAACCGUUUCGUCCUGUUGUAGAACUCCUCAGCAAUGCGCAUCCAUGAUCCCGCCCAGUGAUAUUCGAAUUCAAGACCUAUCAGUCUCGCAAGUUAAAGCUUAACCUCUACACAAAUCAACCGGCAUCCAACGGUGUUAAUGCCUAACUUCAACUAAUCUACGAAAUCGCACCACCGUCCACCGUUGUCUUCAGUCAGUUACUAUCCUACUAAUACUAUCUCGUGUUCAUGCUUCCAUGUUUUCCAUGGUGGUGUAGCUUCAAUUGACUCAUGAAUUCAACUGAAAACUUACUAAAAUCUGCACAAACCCCCCUUGUGAUAACUUUAUUUUCGUUAAAAAAAGUUAGUAGUUAUACAAACUCACUUAAAUUAGAAAACCACAUAGUGUCGUUCAAAGAGUUAGGUAUCACUAUACAGAUCUAUUUAGUUGAUCAGUUGUAAAUACGGCAAAACUAGCGUUCAAGGUCCUAUUAAUGGCCGAAAUCUAACUUCACUAAACGAUGAACUGGCAUACUAGAUGCUCAAAAUCAAAUGUUUAACAAAAUCAGUUUUCUACAUGAAGAAACGGUUGUCCAAACAUCAUUUUCAUUCUUGUACUUUAUGCUCAGUAUAAAUGCCUUCAUUAUAUAAUGAACUUAUACAGUUAAUUUGCAUCACUUAAUGUGUAAUAGAAAGUGACAUUUAUUCUUCGUAGAAGACAAUCGUAAGCUACUGAUAUUUGACUAAAGAUGGCUUGGAAAUAAUGCCAGGAUCUGCUGGGAUCACCGGGUAAGUAAUAGUGAGCUUAGACGUAGAGUAUUAGGGAAUGAUGGUAAAUCAGUUGAUGAGGUUGUGAUUCUUCAUCAAAUCAUAUGGUUAGAUCACGUGUUACUUAUGCCUGAACACUGAUUACCACGACGCUAAAUGAUGAUUAGUGUUGGAGACGGUUGGAUGAAAGUUAGGAACGGCCAAACCAGCCAAAACGUGUCAUCAGUGUUUUAAGUUACUAACUUCUGAUCUGAGCUAUGUCAGUCAAUGCAGACUACUUGAUUGGAGUACGUCUGACUCUUGUAACCAAUUGUUGGAGACUGCGUGUGACAUGUUUGAGAAUCGAUCAGAAUGGUGUCAGUGUAUGCACUCUCUGUCUUCCCUUAUACUAUGAGAUUAUAAUCAUUUCUUUUAUGUGUUGCCACAUUUGAAUGAACUACUUCUAUGAAUUUGGUGUUGAUCAUGUUGCUGUAAUGAGAUGUGGCAAUAUGUACCGAUGUAUAUAUGUGCCUGGUCCUAAGUUGUAGCUGAAUGACUGAUAUAUUUUUUUGAAAUUUUAUCUAAUUGAAUUAAGUAUUUGAGGGGAUUAUUGAUUUUAUAGUUUUAUAUCAAGAACCGUUGGAAACCAGAAAACUUUCGAUGAUCGUUUUGUCCGAUUAGUAAUCUGAUGAAUAAUGCAAGAAGGAUUUUGAGAUUUUUAAAUUCGAUGUCUGUUAGGGUUUUGAAUGUGUGUUCUGUUGAAAAGUUUCAUACAAUGAUAAUAUAUCUGUCCAAUGCUUUUUGAUUAUCAAUAUUUAGAUAAACAAAUCUUGUUGUGCUUCCAGGUUUUCAAUGGUGUUCUAACAUCAGUCGGUUCAUGAUUUCAAUCAAAAGCUUAAUUUCCACAACCACUAAACUGAUAAAAAACAAUUAUGUUAGAUUGUAAUUGAUUUCUAUCACAGAUCAUUAUCUACUGGAUUAUUAACAAACAACAGAGAAUAGUGAAGAAUUGUAAUGUUUUGAUAAGAGAAUUCUCAGAAGUCUGUACACACAGACUCAAUCGAGAACUAUAAUCAAAAGUUUUAAAGCUUAUCAUCAUUAUCAUGUUUCCUUUAAAACAUAGUGUAAGAAUUCAAUGUUUCUGCUUAAGCUAGUGUUCAGCUACUAGCUUCUUUAUUGAAAUCAUGAAUCGACCUAAGUUAGACCACUACUACUUCUGAGAAGUUCCCAAGAAUGGGAUUAAACGGCCAUCCAGUGCUUCCAGGUUCUGAAUAGUGGUUUAACGUCAGUCGGUUCAUGAUUUGAGUGAAAUUCAAAAAUUGCCACAACCUAUUAUUUGUUGUUGUAUGACAAGGUCUUUUUUAAUUCUUUUUUUUGUGUUUUACAGUAUGUCCCCCUUCAUUUAAACAUUUCACUGGUAACUCUUGGGAUUGUAUCACUAAGUGAUGCCUUAAUGUGUAGAUCAAUUUAAAUAUUUAUCUUAUGGUGUUCGAUUUGAAUCAUUCAGUAUUAUCUACUUAUCAAUUUAUUGAUUUUGUAUAAACACUACAAUAUUUACAAUUGAUUAAUCACUAGGUGGUUUUCUAUGGUGGUCUAGCUUCAAUUAACUUAUGAUCUUAAUCAUUGAAAUUAGUUAAUAUGCUGUUCAAACAUUCAUAACUAAGAUUUUAGUUGUCUUAUAGAAACAUUUAUUUUUUUUAGAUGAGAUUAGGUUUACUUGAAUUGAUAUUGACUUGACUGUUUGGAAAUAUCACUGAUUGAAAUCAUGAGUCAAUUGAAGCUAGACCACCAUGGAAAACCUGGAAGCACUAGACGGCCGUUUCGUUCUAGUAUGGAAUUUUUCAGCAGUGCGCAUCCACGGUUUGCACCCCGCGAGAUCCAAACCCAGGACCUAUCAGUCCUGCGCCAGGCGCUUAACUAACUAGACCACAAAUAUAUGAAAUAUAUAAAACCAUUUAUAGACAGAAAUUUUUGUGGAAUAUAUCCAAGCAUUCGUCAGUUAGUUUCAAUGUGAUAUUAAGAUUAAGUCUUUGAAUUUGUCUAAAACCAACGGAAUGUAAUCUAGUUUUUGAUUACUACAAAUGUACGACUAAACAAUUAAGAAAUUGCUUUUCAAUGACGAACUGUUAAGUUGUAGAACUGAUAUAAAUAUUACUCUAUUAAACUUCUAGAAGAGAAUAAUUUAACCCAUGUAAUACUUCUGGUUUAUUAAGUUUUGUACUAUUUCAAAGACAAUAUUGCUUGUUUAGAUUCAUUUCACAGCUUGCAAUGGAAAUAAGUUAUCUAUUUAUUCAUUAGACAUGCUGUUUCAAAUUUAUAGUUUGACGAGAAGUACUGAUAAUCAACACUAUCAAUCAUCAUUUCUGAAUGAAGGAAUCACAAGACACAAUGUUCCACAUUUUGCUAGUGACUAGCUUCGUGAGGGAAUUCUCGGAAUUCUAGUGAGAAGCCAUGACCAGUAGAGCUAAUCCGUGUCAGUUAGAGACAGGAAUCUACCUCAGUAAAAUGGAGAAUGGUCACGCAUUUUCAUGAAUUGGUUGAGGUUAGACAUUAACACCGUGGGAUCCCAGCAGGCUCAGUGGUCUAGUGGUUGGGCGUUCGUGCGCAAGACUGAUAGGUCCUGGGUUCGGAUCUCGCGAGGCGGGAUCGUGGAUUCACACUGUUGAGGAGCCCCAUACUAGGAUAAAACAGCCGUCCAGUGCUUUCAGGUUUUCAACGGUGGUCUAACUUUAAUUGGUUCAUUAUCUCAAUCAAAAACUUAAUGAUCUUCACAACCCUAUAUUGAUAAUUAGUGUUUGAGGUAUCCUGUUGUUACUGUUAUUGGUAGAACCUUGAUUGGCCUUUUUGAUUUAGGUACACCCUGUGUUGAUUGACUCAGUGUAGUGGUUACGCCACUAGUUAUUUAGAAUAGAUGAAUUGUAAUUAACUGUGGAGUCAAGGGCGUACAUUUUGUUCUAUCUAUGGGGUGGUACCUACAUAAUAAUGUCGAUUACAUGAAAAUCAUAUCCACUGAACAAGUUAUUAGCUAUUGGUAUUCAAUAAUUCAAUGGAUAAUCCAAGCGGUGUUUGAAGCAAAAAAAGUAUUGAAUUCGAUUCUUUUCAUGAAUAUCAACACUGAAAUGAAGAUAUAUCUAGCUAACAAAUAAAACAAGAUCAGACAAAACCUACGUCUUAGAUUUGUCUGUUAACAACAAUCCAUCUAUUCUAAGUAAUGUUUUCGAAUUAUUGUUAAGUUGAAAUUUAUUCAAUUAUUUUCAAUGAAAGAAAAAACUGAUUAGUGAACAAAAUGACUUUCGUUUCUACCUCCCUCCCUCCCUCCCUCUCUCACAUUCUCUCCCUCUCACACACACAUACAAUACUUAGUGCUCCACCCCAUUUACUAGUUGUACAGUUCACAUGAUUAGUUUUCUCUUCAAAAUAUUUUUGUUACGUAACUUGUAUCAUUAACAUAACAAUAAAUGUAAUAAGAGAGAGAGAGAGAGAAAGCAACUAAAUGAACAUUAACAUUGUAUAAUGAAAAAAAAGGAAAGAAAGUAAAUGAAACAUUUAGCAUUAUCGUUUCAGUGGUUUUUUCCCUUCUUUCAAACAAGAUAACGAUACUUUUUUCUGUUCCUUUCUAAGUCUAGUAAUAACAACGAAAUUGCUUAAGAUUCUUUUUUUCUUUCACUGUAUGGAGAUAUAAAAUGUAAUGCAAUUUAGUGCAUUCAACUUCAUCAUGAAAAUGAAUAGUUAAUGAUGAAUUCUUGUGAGAAGCAGUGAUCAGUGGAGUUCAGUGGUGUCUAUUGUGAGAUUAUUAACUCACCAAAGAUAAUGUUGGAUAUGUUGUUCGAUUUCGUGGAUUAAUUGAAGUUAGACAUUAAAACCGUUAAAAUCCAGGGCAGUGGUCUAGUGGUUAAACGUUCGCAUACGAAACUGAUAGGUUUUGGGUUCGAAUAUUGCUGGGAGGGAUCGCAGAUGCGCAUUGUUGAGGAGUCUCACUAUAGUGAUCUGGCUUUAAUUGACUCAUGACCUCAACUAUUAUAAAUUACUAUAAUAUCCACAAAACCUCUUCUGAUACUAAUUUUUUGUUUUGGAAAUUACAAUUAUGCAAUUGUGAAUGUAUAAAUGAAUCACCUUUACUGGAAUGACAUGACAUUGACUUGUUCAUAUAUUGAUCGCAACAAGUACUCUUGCUUUGUUCCUUUGUACUAUUUAAACUUGGGUUAAUUUAACUUGUCUAUGUAUUCUCUGAAGAAGUGACUUUACCGAGUCACGAAACAUCAGAAAAUCUAAUUUUUCUACUCAUUGGAAUAUAUGCAAAUAUGUUAUUUUAUAUUAUUCAUAACAAUCUACCCAAUGCUCAAUUCGAAUUACCAUCAUUUGAAAACCUGGAAGUACUAGGUGGCCAUUUCAUCAUAGUAUGGGACUAUUCAGCAAUCGAAAACACAGUCCCCCAUCGUGAAGUCGAAGUUAGGAUCUUUGGUCUCAUGCAAAAAUACUUGAUCUUUAUUGAUGCAGAAUUUUAAUUUUAACCAUUUUAAAUUACAUAUUUAUGGUGGUAGCUAAGAUCAUUUUGUGGUUCAGAUUGUGAAAAGUUUAUAGUCGACACAGAUCCCUGUGUAAAUAUAUACAUCAAUUGAAAGAAUAUGUUGGUUUUCUUCUGAUGGGUUAUAAACUAAAUCAUUUAACUGCUGUGACGAAUAAGCUCUUCGUCUAGACAACAAAUGCUUAAAUCACUAAUGAAUCGAUUACAAAUGACAAAACUACCUACCCAGUAAGUAAAUAAUUAAUCAAUGUUGUAUGUUGGCAAAUGAAUAGCUGUGUCAUUUAUGUUAAUCCACAAAUAUACACAAGUAAAGAUUCAAAAACAACAAACAAAGAAUGAAUAUUCAUUUUUGUUAUUCAUAAAUCAGUUGAUGAAGUUGUGAAUCUUCAUCAAAUGAGAUGGUUGGAUCACGUGUUACGUAUGCCUGAAUACUGAUUACCACGACGCUAAAUGAUGAUUAGUGUUGGAGACGGUUGGAAGGAAGUUAGGGAAUGUCAAGCCAGCCAAAACCUGGCAUCGGUGUUUGAAGUUACUAACUUCUGAUCUGAGCUAUGUCAGUCAAUGCGGACUACUUGAUUGGAGUACGUCUGACUCUUGUAAUCAAUUGUUGGAGACUAUGUGUGACAUGUUUGAGAAUCGAUCAGAAUGGUGUCAGUGUAUGCACUCUCUGUCUUCCCUUAUACUAUGAGAUUAAAACUGCUUCAUAUCUUUCAUUCUACGAACUAAUUCUUUCUUCCUGUACUAUAUCUUCAUAUGCAAUCUUUCUAUUAUAUAUUAAUACCACUGAAUUAACUACUCCCAUGGAUUUGGUGGAUGGUGAGUGCUGGUGGGCGGCCUAUGCUCCUCCACGAGGAGUAACAGGAGUAAGUAGUAGUAGUAGUAUGAAUUUGGUGUUGAUCUUGUUGUGUUAAUUAGGUAAUGGCAACUUGGACCGAUGUAUUUGUGUGCCAGGUCCUACGUUGUAGCUGACUCACUGACUGACUGAUUGACUUAAAUGAUUUUCACAUUAGAUGAUGUUUGAUGCCGAAAUGGUUAUGAUAAUGUCAUUUCUCAUUUAUUUUUUAGUAGUAUCAUUAUUAUCUGACAAAAAAAACCAAUGGAUUCUAAUGAAGAGGAAUAUGGUACGACAUUUUUAAAAUCUGAUAGAAACAAACCAAAUGAGAAUACAGAUUAUGAAAUGAAAACAACUAAUCAAGACAAAAAGAGGGAAACAAAUAGAAGAAAUAAAUUAUCUAAGGUUAAGAAAUGGAUAAUGAAUUUAGAUAAUUUAUUUGUUACAUUCACUGUAUUAGCUGUUAUAUUGGGUAUGACAAUUGGUUUAUUAGUUAAAAUUUAUGCAUCACCAUCACCAAGAACAAUCUAUCUUUUAUCAUUUCCUGGUGAAUUAUUAAUGAAUAUGUUGAAAAUGUUAAUUAUACCAUUGAUUGUAUCUAGUUUAAUAGCAGGACUUGCUGGUUUAGAUCCAAAAUCAAGCGGAAAAAUUGGCUCAUAUGCAUUGAUUUAUUAUGUAGUAACUACAAUGCUUGCAGUUAUACUUGGUAUUGGUCUAGUUUUAUGCAUACAUCCAGGUGAUACAUCAAUUAAAGAUGAAAUAGGCGAAGGAACAAUAGAGGAACGUAGACCUGAAACAUUGGAUUCUUUACUGGAUUUAUUAAGAAAUCUAUUUCCAGAAAAUGUAGUACAAGCAUGUUUACAGCAACAACAAAGUAGUUACGUCACAGUUGUUAAGCGUCCGAAGUAUAUUCGAUUAACUGAUGGAAACAAUGGUACAUUGAAUAUGGAAAACAAAACAAAACUAAUCAGCUAUGAAGCCAUAAAACCGAAAUAUGUGGAUAGUACUAAUGUUUUAGGAUUGGUGUCAUUCUCAAUUAUAUUUGGUAUAAUACUUGGCCAAAUGGGUGAUCGUGCUGUGACUAUGGUACAAUUUUUCUCUGUUCUUAAUGAAGUUGUCAUGAGAAUGGUACAAGUUAUUAUGUUAUAUUCACCAUUUGGUAUAUUCUUUCUAAUAUUAAGUAAAAUGUUAGAAAUUGAAAAUUUAAGUGAUACAGCAAAAGCAUUAGGUUUAUAUAUGAUAACUGUAGUUACUGGUUUGGCUAUACAUUUACUUGGUACAUUAGCAUUACUCUAUUAUUCGGUAACAAGAAAAAAUCCAUUCACAUUCUAUAAAGGUUUAUUUCAAGCUUGGAUUACAGCACUUGGAACUGCAUCCAGUGCAGCUACUCUACCAAUUACAUUUCGUUGUUUAGAACAAAAUCUAGGCAUUGAUAAACGUGUAACACGUUUUGUUCUACCUAUUGGUGCAACAAUCAAUAUGGAUGGAACUGCACUAUAUGAAGCUGUUGCAUCAAUUUUCAUUGCACAAAUUAAUGGAAAAUAUUUGACAAUUAUUGAAGUAUUUAUUGUAAGUUUAACAGCAACGUUGGCAGCAAUAGGAGCGGCGAGUGUUCCAAGCGCUGGUUUAGUUACUAUGAUGUUAGUGCUUACAUCUGUUGGAUUGCCUACAAAAGAUAUUUCUUUAAUUUUAGCGGUUGAUUGGUUACUUGAUCGAAUUCGUACUUCAAUCAAUGUAAUGGGUGAUGCAGUUGGAGCUGGUAUAGUUAAUCAUUUAUGUUAUAAAGAAUUAGCUCAAAAAGAUGCUGAAAUUGAUAAAGAAAUAGAUGAAGUUGUAGAAGAAUAUACACGUGAAUUAUCUCAUACAACUAAUAUAACAGAUCGUGAAAAACGUAAUUCAUCUAGUAUAGGUCGUCAUAAUAAAAAACGUAUGAGUUUAGCUGCAGCAAUGCGUUUACAAGAAAAUACAUCACCACUUGGUACAGUUAUGCCAAAUCAAUCAACAAUAAAUGAACCAGAAUCACCAACAUCUAAAUCAUAUUUACCAAUGAAUAUACAUCCAAAUGAUAAAAAUGAUAAUUAAUUAAUUCAUAAUUACAUUUCUAUUAUUAUUAUUAUACUUUCUAUUAUUGAAUACCUUGAUAGUUUAAGUAUAUUACUUUAUUGAAGUUCUUUAUGAUACUAUUUCACAUUUGUUUUUUCUUUCCUUCUUUCAUUCUUUACCUUAUUUUCAUUCAAUAGAAUUAGACAUUUAAAAACUGCUCAGUAACUCCCUUUUUCUUUUCUUUUUUUUUAAGAAAAAACAAAAAAAAAGAAAAAAAAAGAACAAACUUACAUUUUGAACUCAUGUUUAAGUUUGGAACAAACAUUAGUGUAGUAUUAUUUUAUUAAGAUAACAAAACAAAACAAAACAAAAUUGAUCAAACUUUCAAUAAAAAAAAUCGAUAAAUUGGUUACUAGAUUACAUAAUUAAUAACAUUAAUUGUAAACUAAUAAUAAUAAUAAUAAUCAAUAUUGUAAACAAUUUCAUGAUCAGUUUCUUUUUCCAUAUUCACAUGAAUUUAUAUAUAUAAUUCAUAUUCUCUAGAAAAAAGGGAAUAACAAUACACAAUAGUAAGAUGAAGUUACUGAGAGAGAAAGAGAGUGAGAGAGAGAGAGGGACGGAGGGAGGGAGAGAUCCGUUGUUCUGAAUGUUCAUUGUUUAUUAUUUAAUAGUAAUUUUGGAUAAUAUAAUUAUUUUCUAUUCAAUAUUACAUACAAUUCAUUUUCAAGAAGAAAAAAGGGGAAAGAAGAAGAAAAAGAAAAGAGAAAAAAAGGAAAACAAAAAGAAAUAAACCGUUUUGAUUUAUUUAGAAUGAAUGAUUUAUUGAAGUAUUUAUUCAUUUUAUUUAACAAUAAUCAUUCAUUGUACGAUUGGCAUUUUAUGUUGUAUCAUUGAUAAUGAUAAUUCUAUACGUAUAAAUAAUAAUAAUG